UCGUGUCCAUUCACUCAACACAUCAGUCGAUGGGGUGAUUCCGGUUGGUACCGGAAUAUGGCGUACCCUCAGCUGUCCUCCCUUCUCCCUUCCCGUUGCUCCCAAACUUGACGUCUCUCAUUUGGAGUGAGGCUGCCAGCGAGACAUUUCCAUGCAUCCGAUUGUUUAUAACCCCAAAAUUGACGAAAACUCGAUAUCUCCAAAGAUAUCAUCUUUGGUCUAUCCGAACAGUCCAUUUUGUCAUCUAUCCCAAUGCUGUGCCCUUCUGUUUCGAAUUUCAGUGUUGAUCUCAACAUUGAAUCAGGAGACAUGUCGACCACGUUGCAAUACUGGUCUCAUCUAUCAUCGGUGAGCACUGGAGAACUUUCCGAGGCAGCCAUACUACACCUGUCCAAUUUGCCCUCACUCCAAUAUCUAAAAUUCCGCUUACCUCUAUUGCCCAUAUCUGCGGAUACGCGAAAGCUCCUGCAGCGUCCUGCAUUCCACGCAUUGCGACAACUGGACAUCGAGUGCGACACUUUGGAGCUAUUAGACACUUUCCUCGAGACACUCUCUAUUGCUCUACGAGUACUAUCCAUUACUAUCACUUGCCAAGUGAAUACCACACGGGCCCUGCCAGCUUCGAUUUCCUGCCUAUCCAAAGCAUGUGCGCACACCUCACUACAACAGGUGCAAAUCAACAUUGAGGAUUGGUCUUUUGAUGGUGAUGGUGAUGCAAUCGGAGCUGCAGCCUUUCAGCCGCUCUAUGCCAUGCGCAAUCUUCGCAAGCUCGACCUCGACGUGGCCGUUUUUGCGCAUUUGGAUGAUGCUGGCCUUCUGCAGAUGGCUAAGGCCUGGCCACUCCUGGAAGAGUUUUACUUCAACAAAACAAUCUUAAGUCUUCAUAAUGUCACCCCAAAUGCCUUCGUCUCGCUGUUGCAGCAUUGCCCAUGUUUAGUCUCGGUUGGCAUUGCCGUAGACUGGUCUACUAUAGACAAACAUGACAUUUCCCCCAACGUUCCUUACCAAGGAUUUACACACGAUGCACUAUCUCAAGUGUUCUUUGGUGCUUCAAAAAUUAGCCAUCCGACAAGGAUCGCUGCUUUCAUCUCAGCCAUCGCACCCAACCUAGAAUCAAUCGAGGCAUGGAGCCCUGAUUUUCAUGGGCAUGAUCAAGACUUCCACAAAUACUCAGGAAGGUGGAAUCUUGUCCGGUAUUUAAUCAAGUCCUUCUCCAUGGUCCGUGAGCAGGGGAGGCGAAUGAUACUGAAUGCAGGGGAAGGGACGGAUGAAAAUGUUCGAGGUCCAUGUGGCUGCUACGGGGUUGUACAGCCAGCACAAGAGACAGAAAAUCGGGAAACAGCUGUUGGUGGCGACAUUGGCUGGGGUGGAGAGGGUCCCAAAGAAGGCAACGGAAGCGAGAGCGAUUAUAUGCCACAUUCUGAACACGUCUCGUCGGAGGAAGAGGAUGAAGAAUGAUUCCAGGGGUGGACGAUCGUGCACUGAAUUCGCCUUGCGCCCUUGACUUUUCCAAAUCAUAGUACCCGAAGGAAGAAUUUAGGCACAGCGCAAUUUUACAGACAUUCCCGGUACAUCCAGAGCUCGCAUGUUGUAUGAUAACAUAAACCUGUUGUAUUGGAGUCGAAAUAUAUUACGGGGACAUGUAGAGUGAGUUGCAGUUCGAAAGGCAGUUUAGAUCGGAUUUGCCUACUCUAUCAAACUCGCGCAUCC